GAGGCCCCAUUCCCAACAAGGCGGACUUUUCCCGGAUCCUAGUCAGUUGGAGCCUCUGGAGCACCAAAACUCUAGCCACUCCAGCCCCUGCACAGCUUCUUUCGCUCAGAAGCUCUGGUCGCAUCCAGCCCAGGUUUACCUGGGAGGUUGACUCCCUUUCAUUCCCAGCAUUAUGCCGGGCACUGUGGCAACACUGCGGUUCCAGCUGCUGCCGCCUGAGCCAGAUGACACCUUUUGGGGUGCACCUUGUGAACAGCCCCUGGAGCGCAGGUACCAGGCACUUCCGGCCCUCGUCUGCAUCAUGUGCUGUUUGUUUGGAGUCGUCUACUGCUUCUUCGGUUACCGCUGCUUCAAGGCAGUACUCUUCCUCACUGGGUUGCUGUUUGGUUCAGUGGUCAUCUUCCUCCUGUGCUACCGAGAGCGAGUGCUGGAGACGCAGCUGAGCGCUGGGGCGAGUGCAGGCAUUGCGUUGGGCAUCGGGCUGCUCUGCGGGCUGGUGGCCAUGCUGGUGCGCAGCGUGGGCCUCUUCCUGGUGGGGCUGCUGCUCGGGCUGCUGCUCGCUGCUGCCGCCCUGCUGGGCUCUGCACCUUACUACCAGCCAGGCUCCGUGUGGGGUCCACUGGGUCUGCUGCUGGGGGGCGGCCUGCUCUGUGCCCUGCUCACUCUGCGCUGGCCCCGCCCACUCACCACCCUGGCCACCGCAGUGACUGGUGCUGCGCUCAUCGCCACCGCCGCUGACUACUUUGCUGAGCUGCUACUGCUGGGGCGCUACGUGGUGGAGCGUCUACGGGCCGCCCCUGUGCCUCCUCUCUGCUGGCGGAGCUGGGCCCUGCUGGCUCUCUGGCCCCUGCUCAGCCUGAUGGGUGUUCUGGUGCAGUGGCGGGUGACGGCCGAGGGGGACACCCACACUGAAGUGGUCAUCAGCCGGCAGCGACGACGUGUACAGCUGAUGCGCAUUCGGCAGCAAGAAGAGCGCAAGGAGAAGCGGCGGAAAAAAAGACCCCCUCGGGCUCCCCCUAGAGGUCCCCGUGCACCUCCAAGGCCUGGGCCCCCUGACCCUGCUUAUCGACGCAGGCCAGUGCCCAUCAAACGCUUCAAUGGGGAUGUCCUCUCCCCGAGCUACAUCCAGAGCUUCCGAGACCGGCAGACGGGGAGCUCACUGAGCUCCUUCAUGGCCUCGCCCACAGACACGGACUAUGAGUAUGGGUCCCGGGGGCCAGUGACAGCCUGUUCAGGCCCCCCUGUGCGGGUAUAGCAGUAUCCCUGCCUGUUUAGACUCUACAGUCACCAGCUCUCCCCACCCCCUGGCCCUGCAGCCUUUGGCUGUCCAUCUCCCCUCCCUGGAGAGGGCUGGCCUGGCCACUAGAGGGAGGAUCUGUCUCAGGCUAGGCCUGGCCUGAGGGGAAAGCCCCCUGCCAAGCUCCGAAGGGGCUCCUGAGGGACCCGGGGUAUAAGCCCCAUUGGAGUGUGCUCAGGGUUGUGAGUAUGCUGCCUGUGUGUUUGUGUGUGUAUGUGUGUGUGGGGUGGGUAGGCUUGGAGGGGACACUGGGACCCUUGCCUUAGAUUUCUGAUUGGUAGGGCUUCUCCAGGUUUGGCCCGGGCUCCUCUCCCACUACUGGGAUCCCACGGGCCACUCACCUGCAUGUCUAAGUGGAGGAGGCCUGCCUUCCUCCCCCACACUCCACCUCCCAACCAGACUCAUGUAAGGGUCCUUGUCCUUGGGGCAAACUACAGUGCCCCUAAGGUCUCCUGGCCUCUGCAAAGCUACCAGCCUAAAGGCAGAGGCAGGGGAUGGGAGUGGGUAGUACUGCUCUGGGCCAAGUUGGGGAGAGGGUUGGGGGGCUUAAAUGCACGGUGCAUGUCUGGUGUCUGUCAUGCCACUCUGGACACCUCAUGCUUCUGUCUCCCCUGACCCCACUCUUGUUUUACAUCUUUUAUAAACGUGCCAAACUGCAUGGCCUCUGCCA